GCAGCAGAGGUUGCGUGGACUUGGGGAUACAACUAAAUUCUAUGGUAUCUUCCGUCCUUGCUAUGCAUAGAAGGAGAAAGAACCGGAUUAAGAGAUUGAACUUCUUCAAAGGGAUAUGGAUAUGCAACAAGAAGACAUGGUCUUAUGGAAGUGAGGAGAUGACAAGUUUAAACCUAGAAUCAGUUCAAAACAAAACUUGGAAGCUUACUAGAGAGGAAAUGCUGCACUAUAACUGGUAUAAAACACUGAAAUACUUGUUUAUAACUUGGCUAGGAAUCCAUAAUCAGCUCUCAACUGAGGACAGAAUGCAGGCAUGGAAUGUGGUGGGGGGGGAGUUUCAUCUACUCGGCAACGUUAUGGAGGAACCUUACUCAGAAAUUAUAGUAGAGCGCAUGACGGAUGAAUCACAGGACCACUUAGCAAUGUUCAUGCUGAGACUAUUACAAUCGAUGAUUCAUGCAGUCUGGGGUGAAAGAAACGGUAGGAAACGUGGAGAGACUCCUACCCCUCCAAUUCAGCUGGCACUUCGAAUUGAGAAACAGAUAAGGAACAAGUUCACAACAAUUCAAACACUUGGAGACAAACAAUAUGCAGAAGGAAUGGAGAGAUGUUUUUCAUUAAGGGCAUACAGAGAUAUAUGUAAAAGUAUC